AAAAAGUCAGGCACCUCAGGUACCCAGGGUGCAAUCUCGUUACCUAAGGUUGGUACCUUGUCUAGAACUAUACCACGUACGUCGUAGUAAAGAAAGCCCAACCUUCCGACUGGCUGUCAUCCAUGGAUGGCAAAGCCCAAUUCAAUUCUAUAUUCGCAGAUCCAGGCAAUUAGGUAGAAUACUACCCACCACGACUAGACCAGGGAUCACGACACGGACACGUGUGUGCUGACUCUUCUUUCUCUUUAUGCCUUUGCCCUCUGCCUGCUCUCCGUUUGCCUUUUGUUUCCGCGCCAUUGGUACCCAAUUCCUUUACUUUUUUUUGCAUAGCACCAUUGCCCGUACACCUUCCUACAUUCCUUGUUAUACAGUCCAGGAUAAGGUAGCAAGUAGGAGGGUUUUCCGUCCUACAACUCCUUCGAUUUACCAGCACAUGCUCGCGCGCCACUCUGCCCCACUCCGGAAUUAGAACUUGUGUGUUCUCUCACGACCGGGUCAUCGCGUGCUUACCAGUUCUGGUAGGGCUGUCACGGUUCAACAUUCACUAAAAGCUGCCGUACGUACUGCCUAUACCCUGCUCUGAUUCUGCUGCAUUUCCUGGUUAAUUUCGGUUGAGGGCAGUUUUCAAUUUUCAAUUUUUUGUUUUUUAUUUUUUAUCUUUUGCUUUCUCUUUUCCCCCGGACUUUUCACACAUUCCAUAAACGCUAGAGACGAGGUUUCCCUUCCAUUCAAACAGGCCCCAAAUGCAGACCAUCUCAAGCCAAGACAAAGCUACCACCACCGUGCCAUUCUGAUUGGCUGUCUCCUGUCAGCCACUGGGAACACUCAGCUGCUGAAGUGAACCCCUGAUUUUCAACAGGAUUCCAUUCCUUCUGUUCAACUGGGAAAGGGAAGGCCAGGUACCAUACCUACGAGUCCCAGGGGGCCGGGGACUUUCUGCCCGCCUCGCUUCGCCGCUCGCCCGCCGCGCACAACGCACGCCUGCUGCAGUUCCCCCCUCCCUCCCUCGCAUCGCACCCCUCAGCCGCCCUCAUGACGGCCCGCGCGAACGUCAGACGCCGUCAGAGCUUGCAGAAGAGCAAUCAUGCGAUCCCGAAACCCGUGAACAGCGGGCCACCCACGCCGCGUGUGAUCAACGCAGCGCCGCUGCUCGAAAAGGCCGAGAUGUACGGAAUCGACGACGACCGUCCGCUCUACUCGCGCAUGAUGGCCCUGGCCGGUCGCAUCUUCAUUGAGACCAUUCCGCAAUGGAUCGCAGUCGGGGUUAUGCUGAGCUUAAUCUUCGGAGGCUGCUGCUCAAACGUCUUUGCUCUUGAGGCCAUCAUCAAGGUCGAGCCCGCCAGUGGAACUCUCCUUACCUUUGUCCAGUUCCUCUUUGUCGCAGUGACGGGAUACGUGUCGCAAUUCGACCGCAGGAGGCCACCCUUCUUCAUCAAGGCAAACAAAGUGCCGCUCAAACGGUGGCUUUUCAACAUCAUACUGUUCUUUGGCAUCAACGUCCUCAACAACCAUGCCUUCAGCUACGACAUCUCAGUCCCUGUCCACAUCAUACUUCGUUCAGGCGGAAGUAUCACUACAAUGAUUGCGGGGUUCAUGUACGGCAAGCGAUACCCUCGUGUCCAAGUUUUUGCCGUUAUCCUUUUGACGAUAGGGGUUGUACUGGCGGCGUGGUCCGAUGCCCAGACCAAGGAUGCAGGAGCUGGCGCGAACGAACAUGAUGAGGGUGGCACCGGCAGCAGCACCCGUAGCUUCACCAUCGGACUCAGCAUUCUCUUUACGGCACAGGUCAUGUCGGCCAUUAUGGGACUGUACACUGAGGAGACUUACAGGAAGUACGGCCCGCAGUGGCAGGAGAACCUUUUCUAUUCUCACAUCCUGUCACUGCCUCUUUUCAUACCCUUCAUGCCGUCCCUCUACAGGCAGUUUAUGAAGCUGGCAGCCAGCGAGCCGCUGACGCUUACCACACCGUUUGGCAGCUUUAUUGGAGAUGCCGGGCUGGAAAACCCAACACUAGCGCAAUUGCAAAAGAGUCUGGAGCAGAUCCGAGUGCCCAGCCAGAUAGUAUACCUGGUUCUCAACGUGCUGACGCAGUACGCCUGCAUCCGGGGCGUCAAUCUUCUGGCUGCGGCAUCCUCUGCGCUUACGGUCACCAUCGUGCUCAACAUCCGCAAGCUGGUGAGCCUGUUGCUUAGCAUCUGGCUCUUUGGAAACAGGCUCGCACCAGGCACAUUGGGCGGUGCCGUGAUUGUGUUUGCGUCUGGCGCGCUGUAUUCAAUGGGCGGAAGCGGAGGUGGCGGCCCCAAGGCCCGCAAGGUGCAACCAGCGCAGAGACCUCGGGCGGGAAGUCAGAUCAAGGUGGGAUAGACAAUGUAUUCCAAAGAAGUGAUCAAAAUAGAUUGAACCAUGCUAUAGAAUACAUCUGAAUUUAUGCGCAAUUGCGGGAUGCAUUCUUUGAACAUUUUUUACCUGAAUCUGCAGGUUCGUCUGAUAGUUCGUUCCAUUAUGGGGAGAGGAUCCAGCUUGUGUGCCUGGAUCUUGGCUCGAAGUCUU